AUGUCUUGGGGUCGUCAAUGUCUUGACAUUUUUGGUUUACUUGAUCUUGGAUUUGAGAGGUUCCCUCAUACCAAAGUUACUCAUCUUUCCAGACAUGGUUCUAACCACGUUGCUAUUACAAUUGACCUUGAUGCUGACCUGGGCGAAGUUAAGAAAAAACAUGUUUUCAUAUACAGGUUUGAGGAGAUCAGGAUAAAGGAUGAGAGAUGUGAAGGGCUGGUGCGACAAUUGUGGAACGGUAAUGGGGUUCAGGGAUACCAAAAAUUUUGUUCUAUGAAGGGCUUGGACGAGCAUUUCAAGGAGUACAUGAUUGGUUAUGUUUCAAAGGAGCUGGGGAGAAUCGAAGGCCUUUUGAAGGAGGAAGUUAGAUGGUCUACAAGUGAUACUGAUAUGAUUUACAAAGCUUUGAAAGCUCAACAUAACAAACUUCUGUAA